CAUGAUGAGACCACACUUUCAACAUAACAAGAUUAUAUAAAGUCGCAUCCUGACGGGAAAACUAAGUCUCAAUACAACAGAAUGAAGAUCUCAGUGAGUUUUAUGUUGUUGCUGCUGCUCAGCUCCGUCUCCGCAAAUGAAAGUGUUGAAAGCCAGCAGACUUAUCCUCAAGAAAUCUAUGCUACACUGAGAGAGAUGAACGUCUCGUUGGUUCAACUGAAGGAGGACGUGACUACAGAACUAGCAGCACAGCUGAAGACUGAAGUGGACAGGCAGAAGACUGAAGUGGAGAAGCUGAAUGAACAGCUAGGUGUGUUCACUGCCCCGGUGAGAGGAGCGUACAGCUUUGAGUGGUGGGUCACUUACGACAAUGGUGGCCACCCUGCAAGUGCUGUGUUGGUCAAGAACUCAGAGAAUGUUUUCAUGGCAUGGCAGAAACAGGGCAGUGCUUCUAAUGGUGUCACGCUGUUGCUGGAGGUGGGAGAUGUUGUGUUUAUGCGUCUGGUGGCUACAACUGUGGCGCGUGACAACCAAAAUCACCACACCACCUUUAGUGGGCAUCUGCUGUUCCCUAUGUAAGAAAGAAACAGCAGCUCUGUGAUAGUCAUGGAGGUUUUUGUUGUCUUAAACAAGUCUUCAUAGCACUUCAUUAAUUUUCUCUGAUUUUCAUCUGCAUCCAAAUAAAUAAUAAUAAUAAUAAUUGUCGACAGGAAUCUUUUUUUUUCUUCAAAUUUUAAAGUGACUAAUGUUUCUGAGUCUCUCUUGUUUUUGUCAUUUUAAU